UGAGGCGGAUAAAGUUGGGAGCUGGAAAACAAAAGGGGAGCUUUGGUUUCUAGAGAGGCGAGGUGACUCCUGUCAAAGAUAGACUAGCGCAGACGAUACGCUUGCUUGCUGUCAAACACGUGCUGAGGGAAUAUAUUUCCAAUAGAAGCUCCAUGGUAUGGACGGCUUCCAUGCUGGGAUGAGCAGGGUGCCAUUGCUGCUACACACUGACCGCUCCGGGAGUCUGCUACACACUGACCGUGUUGGAAGUCUAGUACACACUGACCGUGUUGGAAAUCUUGUACACACUGAUCGUGUGAGUGGUCUAGUACACACUGACCGCUCUGGGAGUCUUUUACACACUGACCGUGUAGGGGGUCUAGUACACACUGACCGCUCUGGAAGCCUGCUACACACUGACCGUGUUGGGGGUCUAGUACACACCGACCGUGUUGGAAGCCUGCUACACACUGACCGCUCAGGCAGCCUAAUUAAAUCUGAAGCCGAGUUCCAAGCAGCAAUGGACAGCCUGGGUCGGUCCACUGAACAGCUGGGGAUGUACGGAGCCAUGAGCCACAAGACAGCCGUCAGCAGCACGGCCCUGAGCCGACUUAGUCCUUGUAGUGAUGACAGCUCUUUGGCAGAGUUCCCCCGGUCCUGCUCCUCUGCCGACAGCUGUGCCGACAGAUCAGAUCCCUUCCAGCAGCACAGAUCCCGCAAGCGGCCGUACAAGGCGGAGUCCUCCCCCAACAGCGAGGCGGCACGUAAAGCCCGCAGGAAAAGCCCCCAAUCCCCAGAAGAGCUACAAGCACAGCGCUGCCUGGCGAACGUACGGGAGCGCCAGAGAACAGAAUCCCUGAACGAGGCCUUCUCUCAGCUGCGCAAGAUCAUCCCCACUCUGCCCUCCGACAAACUCAGCAAGAUACAGACUCUAAAGCUGGCCUGCCGGUACAUCGACUUCCUGUUCCAGAUUCUACGAAGCGAUGAGACAGAGAUGAAGUACUUCCCGUCUAGCUGCAGCUAUAUGGCCCACGAGAGACUUAGCUAUGCCUUCAGUGUGUGGAGGAUGGAGGGGGCGUGGCACAUGAGUGGGCACUAGUCGGCCACGUCAUAAACAGAAUCCACAUCCACCAGCUGGAUUUAAAAUGUGGAACUUAUAACCAAAGAUUCCGGGAAUAUUAUAUACACUCGACUUUUUAUAUAUUCUGGUGGAUUCAGCGUACGCUGGAAAAUCUAUUAAACAAUAUUUUUAAAACUAGAUUACAGUUUCAAUAACAGUUUGCCUAGUCUAGGAGGUUAUAUUUAAAUAGUUGAUGGCCUGAUAUUUGUGGAAUGGCCGGUGGAAUCCAUGAUGUUAGUGGGAUGGCCGUUCGGAAACUUAUGUUAGUGAGAUGGCCGCUGUUAAAAACCUGCCGUGCCUUCAAUUUGUGAUUUGUGUUUUCAUGUGAAUGUAGCUUGACUUGUCCGGCCACUUACAGAAUUUGUUAUGGUGUUACGGUAUCACAGGUGUAAUGGUGACCAUAGUUAGGGUACCUGUCAUUUCAUGGCCAUUCAUUACUUGAUGAGCAGUCUAUACAUGAUGAUCAUUCAUUAUAAAAAUAGCAUUGGCUAAAAUGUGUGUUACAAGUGAUUGCAUCGUGUCGUACUUAAAAAGUAAAAGGAAACCCAAUCAUGACGCCCUUAGCAACCGACACACCCUAUUACGAAACCUUAGCAACAGAGCCAGUCAGUCAUCGUGACAUUUGACAUGUGUAGCAUGUGAUGUCAUUUGUGACAUGUCAUUUGUGUACAUUUACACGAAAAGACCGAAGAAUGGCAACUCUGCUUUCGUUAAAUUUGGAUUAGAACUCAAUCAAGUCUGCUUCCAUUCAAAACUUGAAUUUUAAAUACUAUCGUGACUGCUUUUAAUUUCUAGUCAUUGAAAAUUUAAAAUAAUACAUGGCAUACUUUCAUGAAAAAAAAACCAGUUGGAUGUGGAUUCAAAAAUGUAAAAAGGCAUAUAUUCCAAUCGAAGAAAUUAAAUUCUUAAGGAUAAUUUAAAAAACACUUUUCAUGAGACUACGGAGCACGUUACAUGACGCUGAAUCAGAUGCUAGUCUCAUCUGACUAGAUGACCUGAUAAUUACUGCAUUAAUAUGGCAAAUAUUAUUUAAAAUUGUCCUUACAGAAAUUUAUGCAAUUUUAAAAUCAUCAAGUGUGAAUAAAGAAGAUUCGAUUUUUAAAACGUUUAAUAAUGUAAGAAAUUUUAAAAUUGCAAAAAAAAAAAAGUGUAAUUGCCAGAAGAUUUAAAUCGCCUAUUUAACAUAGAGGGUUAGUAUUA